CACCAAGUGGCUCCUCACUCCAACGUAGUUGAUACAAAUCAGCUUCACCCUGGUCUAGGAUGGGAGAACGGGGAGAAGAUAUCGAGAAGCAGCCUCUCUUGGAGAAGUCGGAUUCCAAGGCAGCUCCAGAGGAAGAUGAAGGCGACUCGAUGUCCUACGAUGCUCGCAAGCUCAUCACCUUUGAAGUCUUCCGCGCGACUACUGGGACCAUCUGGGUGAAGGCCUCGUUGUGGAGGUCCAUGGGCUUACUGCUGCUGCUGGCACUGGCCACGGCCACGGGCUCCGCUCUCUUGGUGAAGGAACCAGAGAAGUUGAAAACUGACGAGUUUAGCAAAUUGAACGGCUUUCUGAAGGCCAUCGUGGGUCUGCUGCUGGGUUUCUUCCUGUCCUCGUCCGUCAACCGCUGGUAUGCAUGUGCCAGCGGCUUCCUUGAGCUCUUCAAUGCGAUUCGUGCGUUGCAUAUGCAGCUCACGGCCAUUGGUGCUCCGAAAGAGCGUGUGCACAUGAUUGUCCGCUACUGCGUGGUCUCUGCCUGCAGCUUGCACUACAGCUUGUCCGGGCAGACCUUGCCAAAGGAUGAGCGCUUGCAAUGGCGCUUUGCCAAGUUCGAAACCAUGUGCAGCGACGCUGACAAGUUGGAUGAUAAAGCCAUCUCCACUGCCAACUUGGCCAAAAUUUACCCCUCGGAGAAGGACCUGUUGGCGAAUGUGGUGGACCCAUCGCAGACACUUUGGGUUUGGGUCACAUCUUUGUUGACCCGCAUGGCAGCAGAUGGUGAGAUCCCAGCGAUGCCAACACCAACCUAUGGCAAGAUCAUGUCCUUGGCUGAUAAGGCCUAUGGGGGAAUCCGAGAGGUGCAAGGGGCAAUCUGUGUCCAGCCACCAUAUGUGUAUGUGCAAACCAUCGCCAUGCUGGUGAAUGUGAAUAACAUUGUCACCGCUGUGAGCUUUGGAAUGACAUUGGGUGUGACUCUAUCUGUGGCAAAGACCAGCAAGAACGUGAGCGAAGUCAUCUCCAAGGAUCUGCAGGAUCUGUUGGUUCAGUUUAUCAUGAGUACCACUGGACCAUUCCUCUAUCAGACCUUGUUGGAAGUUGCAGUCUGCAUCGCACAGCCCUUUGCAGGAGGCCAUGAGAAGAACGACUCUCCCGGUCGAAUCCCGACCUGGAAACUUCUGUCGAACUUGAAGAAGGACCUUGGAGAUGCCGACUACAUGACCAAUCGCCUGCCCUGCUGGGAACAGCCCAAAUUCAAGAGCUGAGAGCCGGAGCUAUCACAAUGCGAAAAGCUGCGGAUCCGCCACCGGACCGAAGAAAA